GCCGCCGCUGGGCGUCACAGUCACAUGUCGGAAAGUCCCAGAGCCUAGCUGGAAAUCCCCGGGCUGAUAUUACCCGGCCUAAAAGAAAGGAAAAAAGAGAACUUGCGCAGUCGUUUGCUUCAAGUUCUAGGAUCUAGGAUUGGAGCUUGCGGGGGUGGAGCAGCUAGGAGAGUAGCCCAGCGGUGGUGGAGAGUCAUCUCCAGGAGAAACACUAGCAGCUGCUUCCAGCAAAAACAGCAACAGCAGCAGCUCAGCCCAGGGACCCAGGCCGGCCCGCUGGGACUCCCGCAGCCUUGCAGUGAGAGCCAGCCAGUUACCCCGAGGCUGCCCAUGGAGCGUCCCACCGUCCGUGCCCCUACGUCUGUACCCACUCGUCUCGUGCAUUGAUUAGGGAUUUUAGCAUUUCGUUGGACGCUCACUCCUGCUUCGCAAAGGUACUCUACAACAACAUGGCUGAACAGCAGGUUCUCCCUCAGGCUUUAUAUCUCAGCAACAUGCGAAAAGCUGUGAAGAUAAGAGAAAGAACUCCUGAAGAUAUCAUCAAGCCUACCAAUGGGAUAAUUUAUCACUUUAAGACCAUGCACAGAUAUACAAUGGAGAUGUUCAGGACUUGCCAGUUUUGUCCUCAAUUCCGGGAGUUUAUCCUUGUUGCUCUAAUUGACAGAAGCAUCCAAAAUUCACUAGAAAACCAGAGAAAGCUCAACUGGUGCCGUGAAGUCAGAAAGCUUGUGGCUCUAAAAACAAAUGGUGAUGGGAAUUGCCUCAUGCAUGCUACCUCUCAGUACAUGUGGGGUGUUCAAGACACUGACUUGGUCUUGAGGAAGGCACUAUACAGCACUCUGAAAGAAACCGACAUCCGCAACUUCAAAUUCCGUUGGCAGCUGGAGUCUCUGAAAUCCCAAGAAUUUGUGGAAACAGGCCUCCGUUAUGACACCAGGAAUUGGAAUGAGGAGUGGGACAAUCUUAUCAAAAUGGCAUCCACAGAUACAUCUGUGGCCCGGGGUGGACUUCAGUAUCAUUCACUUGAAGAAAUCCAUGUAUUUGUUCUUUCUAACAUCCUCAGAAGGCCAAUUAUUAUUAUUGCAGACAAAAUGCUGAGAAGCUUAGAAUCUGGUUCCAAUUUUGCUCCUUUGAAAGUUGGUGGAAUAUAUUUGCCUCUCCAUUGGCCUGCCCAGGAAUGUUAUAGAUAUCCCAUCGUCCUUGGUUAUGACAGUCAGCACUUUGCACCACUUGUUACUCUAAAGAACAGCGGACCAGAAAUCAGAGCUGUUCCACUUGUUCACAGAGAAAAAGGAAGGUUUGAGGACUUGAAAGUUCAUUUCCUAACAGAGCCAGAAGCAGAGAUGAAGGAGAAGUUACUGAAAGAGUACUUGACUGUGGUAGAAAUCCCUGUGCAAGGCUGGGACCAUGGGACAAUUCAUUUAAUCAAUGCUGCAAAGUUGGAUGAAGCUAACUUACCCAAAGAGAUCAAUCUGGUAGAAGACUACUUUGAGCUUGUUCAGCACGAAUAUAAGAAAUGGCAAGAGAACACUGAACUGAAUCAUGGAGAAGCCCAUGCUAGGAAUGGGCUAGAACCCCACCUGCCCCAGUUUUCCCUCAUGGAAGUCAAAUGUGAAACCCCAAAUUGUCCUUUCUUCAUGUCCGUAAACACACAGCCUUUUUGCCAUGAAUGCUUUGAAAGGCGGCAAAAUACACAAAAUAAACCCAGAAAACAGAACUCUAAACCAGGGGUGGAGAAACUCAAGGGGAUAGGACUUGGUGAAGCUUGUGAACCCACAGGGUGGAAGCCUGAGGAAUUGCCAGCAAUGGGGCCUCACUCUGCACCCCCAACUGCUCCCAGCCUCUUUCUAUUUAGUGAAACAACCGCCAUGAAAUGCAAAAACCCUGGAUGUCCCUUCACCUUGAAUGUGCAACAUAAUGGCUUCUGUGAACGGUGCCAUAAUACUCGGCAACUCAAUCCUGGCUGUGACCUAAGCAACCAUCGCCAUUUGGAUACUGGGAAGUGCCAGGCCUGUCAUCAGGAUGUCACCAGGACCUUUAAUGGGAUUUGUAGUACUUGCUUCAAAAGGACUACAGAGUCUUCCCCUAUCACCAGCUCCAGUUUUCCUCCUUCCUGCCAUCAGAGAUCAUUCUCUGAUCCCUCGCAGCUGAGCCAGAGUAUCCAUCAACAUCCUUGCCACAGAACUGGUCAUGAGGCCGCUUCUGGGACCAUCUCCCAGUCUGGGCGAAACCUGGAGAACAGGACUGGAACCAGUAAAUGCCGAAAAGCUGGCUGCAUGUACUUUGGGACACCGGAAAACCAAGGCUUUUGCACUCUGUGUUUUAUCGAAUAUCGAGAAAAUAAACGUGACCUCCCUGCUUCUGGUCAGACUGAUCCUUCAGCCUCCAGGUUCCAGAAUGCCAUUCCUUGUCUAGGGAGAGAAUGUGGCACCCUAGGCAGUACCUUGUUUGAGGGAUACUGUCAGAAAUGUUUCAUUGAAGCCCAGAACCUGAGAUUUCGUGAAGCGAAAAGGACUGAAGAACAGCUGGUGAGACAAUCAGAGAGAUCCAACCAGUGCCGGGACAUUCAGCGAACAAUCCAGAGCUCUCAGAGAAAAAAAUGUGCAAAAGCAACAUGUAAGAACUUUGUGGCCCACAGAGGGGAAGAACUGUGUCCAGAGUGCCAGCGACAUAACCAGCGACUGGGGCCUGGCAUCCCUAGGGGAGAGCCCAUUAAGGAAGAGGUGCCUAAGCAACGUUGCCGAGCCCCAGCCUGUGAUCACUUUGGCAAUACCAAGUGUAAUGGGUACUGCAAUGAAUGCUAUCAGUUCAAACAGCUAUAUGGCUAACCAGAAAGAGCAGGACCACCUCCCAGAUGUGAAAGAGUAUUUUUUUUUUUUUUGGCCAAAAUGGUGCUACCUUGUGUACAUUUGGCUGUUUCACUGGGGCUUGCCCCUAGAAUCAGGUUUUAGCAUAUAGAGUAGGCUUUUAACCGGGGAUCUGGCAGCAACAAUGUUCACCUGAGGAACAGUGAGUCCUAGGGCAUCUCUAGAAAAACUUACCUCUUGCCCUAAGAUAUAAAGUCUUGUGUUUGGCAGUUGUUGCUUUCAAGGAUCAUCUCAAGGUCACUCCCUCUCUAUGAGUUCAUCUACAUUCUAACAUCUGGAGACAUGGAGAAAUCUGGAAUGCCCGCUGUACCAGGACACAAAACUUGUAUUUUUGGGUGCGAAUACCUCUUUCUCACCUUGUGAGCUCUGUCUGAUGUCAGAGGGCAAAGAUACAUAUUGGAAGGCACACAGAAUGAUGAACCCCUUUUUGCCUUAACUCCCAGCUCAGGAUGUCUCAUGGACACAGGGCUUGGAAUCAGGAAAACUCUUUUCUGAGUUCAGUCCAUAUUCAGAUACUUGCCAGCUGUGUACCUUAUUUGCUUUCAUUUCCUCAUCUGUCUAAUGUGCUGGAGAAGGAAAUGGGCAGACUAUUUCAGUAUGUUUGCUAAGAAAACCCCCAGUGGGGUCAUGGAGAGUUGGACAUGACUACAUAACAACAGUAUGUCUCCUGGAUGUGAACCUGGAUUCUCCUGGUGAGGAAAAUCUUCCAAGGGAUGCUCAAGCAAGCUCAGGGGGGAAAUGUCUAAAAGGAGAGACCGGAGUAUGACAGUAUUCUUUUAUCUGCUGGUUCCUUUCCCAUGGGACAUGACAGAAGCAGACCUGUUCAUGGAUUCUGAAAUCCAUCAUUCAAUAGCUGCUGAAUCUAAGUGACAAGGAAAAGUCAGCACUGAAAAAACAAGCUGCUCUUUUUUCCCUUAAUAUGCACCUUUCAAAAGACAGAACUUUGGGGGGAAGGGGAUAUGACAUAACCGUUUUUAUUUAUCUGCUGUCCUCAUCUUUAAAAGCAAAUGACAUGAUCUGAAGUGUGAAUGUCAAUUGUGUACAUAUAUAAUUAACUUGGGAUCAUAUAUCUAGAUCUGGAAAAGACCUCAGAGGUGACCUAAUCCAACUCUUUGAUUAUACACAUGUGGAAACUGAGUUCCAGAGACUCAAAAUUAGAUAAGAAGUAUAAAAAGCAAGAUUUGGACUUACAUCCUCUGACUCCAGAGCUAGUCAUAUGUCCUUAUAUUAUAUAUGAGGGAUUAUUUUAUAAUUGAAUUAUAUAUUAACCUAGUGAUAGAACAGAAAAAAAAAUAUGUAAUAACCUGUUUUUUUGGUUGUCGUUUGGGCACAACGUGCACAGCUUGUAAAAAAAAAAAAAAAAACCAGACUUGCUACCUUUUUCCAAAGGAGUAAAAACUAAGAUUAUUCUUUAUAAUUGUUGAUAUGUUUUCUUGAGAUUUACCUUAUUUAUUUUAUUAUAAACUUCUUGGUUAUUUAAGUGUACAUUUCUUCUGCUAUUUGUAAAAUAUUAGAGUUUCUUUUUUGAGUUAUACAUUCAUUCCAGUUCACAUUGUGGAGUUUGGAUUAUUCCACUGUGAGAAUGUCUGUCUCUUAAAAACACUUUGAUUUCCUCCUGACAAAAAAGGGGAAUAAAUAAAAAUUAAAUUAA